CUCUCUACUAUUCACUUUCGAAUUAUUUUCCCCAACUCACGCACAGGUUCUUCAUCAGACCCACCACUAGCAGUGAACACAAUGCUCCCUCUCUUUCUCGGAACCAUUAUCUUAGCGGCGUAAAAACAACUGAACACGUUCACCUUAAAAACGCUCUUCAACUCACCAGGGUCAUAACCACUUUUCAAGUACCCCACGAUCUUGCUUCGACCAACCUAUAUGCUAGCUACGUAGUUGCUUCUCUAUUCCACCACAGCCAAUUCUAAAUCCAUAUACGUCACUUUUCACAUGCAAAUGACCUGUUGUUAUGUAUUCAGGAGCAGCAUAGCCGUGAGUCCCCAUAACCUGGUCCGGCUCCCAGUACCGAAAACACAGUCCCUCUUGAAGAAGCAACAAUGUCUCUCUCUCUUAAACACGUGUCGUUCAAUGGACCAACUCCGCCAAAUCCAGGCACAAAUCCACGUCUCUGGUCUCUACCAAGACACCCACAUUCUCUCCCAACUCGUCUACUUCUGCUCCCUCUCUCCCUCCAACAACCUCUGCCAUGCGCGCACCCUCCUUCACCACUCUGCCACCCCAUCACCCAUUUCCUGGAACCUCCUCAUCCGAGGCUACGCCGUCAACGGUUCCCCCAUUCAAGCCUUCUGGGUAUUUCGGAAAAUGAGAGAACGCGGCGUUAUGCCCAACAAACUCACCUUUCCUUUCCUCAUCAAGUGUUGCGCUGCUUCUUGUGCUCUUAAUGAGGGCAAGCAGGCGCACGCGGACGCUGUUAAGUGUGGGUUGGACUCCGACGUUUACGUGGGUAACAAUUUGAUUAACUUUUAUGGGUGUUGUAAGAAGAUUGUGCAUGCGUGUAAGGUGUUCGAGGAAAUGCCUGACAGAACUGUUGUUUCUUGGAACUCUGUUAUGACUGCUUGUGUUGAGAGUCUGAGGUUGGAUGAUGGGAUUGGGUAUUUUUUCAGAAUGAGGGGUUAUGGGUUUGAGCCUGAUGAGACUUCCAUGGUGGUGGUGUUGUCUGCUUGUGCUAAGUUGGGGUACUUGAGCCUGGGAAGGUGGGUUCAUUCGCUAUUGGUUUUGAGAGGGGUGGUUCUAAGUGUUCAGUUAGGCACUGCUCUUGUUGACAUGUAUGGAAAGUCUGGGGCUUUGGGUAAUGCAAGGGCCAUUUUUGAGAGAAUGGGAAAGAGGAAUGUGUGGACGUGGAGUGCAAUGAUAUUAGGGUUGGCUCAACAUGGGUUUGCUGAGGAAGCCCUUGCAUUAUUUGCAAUGAUGAGUAAUGGUAACCGUGAUAUAUGCCCAAAUUAUGUGACUUAUCUUGGGGUUCUUUGUGCUUGUAGCCAUGCUGGGAUGGUGGAUGAGGGUUACCGGUAUUUUCAUGAAAUGGAACGUGUCCAUGGGAUCAAGCCCCUGAUGACGCAUUAUGGAGCCAUGGUUGACGUCUUGGGCCGUGCUGGUCGUCUUAGAGAAGCUUAUGAGUUUGUAGAGAGCAUGCCUGAGCUUGACCCGGUCGUGUGGAGGACGUUACUUAGUGCAUGCACCGUUCAUGAUGUGCAUGACCAUACAGGGAUUGGGAGGUUGCUAGAGAUGGAGCCAAGGAGGGGAGGGAACUUGGUUAUUGUUGCUAAUAUAUAUGCUGAAGUGGGGAAGUGGGAGGAAGCGGCAAAUGUGAGGAGGGUCAUGAGAGAUGGAGGGGUGAAGAAGAUUGCUGGUGAGAGUUGUGUUGACUUAGGUGGGUCCAUGCGUAGGUUCUUCGCGGGGUAUGAUCCCUGCUCUGAUUUGAUGCCUGUCUAUCAUGUGCUCCACGGAUUGAACCUGCAUUUGAAGAUGGUUGACUAAUACUUGUAAUAGUAGUGGAUUUCAAUGAAGACUAAUUGGUAUUGAAAUUAAAGAAGGGCAAAUGAUAAGUUCUUUUGACAUUCAUUUUUAUAAAUUAGCCAUUUAUUUUUAUAUUA